AUGAGCUUGAAAGAAGUAUUCGAACAACAUCCAUGGAGGUCAUUUAAAAAAUUCAAUGAAGCUGCAAAGAGUUGGGGAUUUACUAACAGAGCUGAAGUGAAAAGGUUCUUUGACAAAAAUGUUGUACAUCAAACAAAAAUAAACCCUUACGACUACUUUUUACCAAUUUACUCCAACGCUCCUGACGCAUACCAAUUUGACACUCUCGUUCAAAGCAGAAAAGGAGGACAUAAACCAUUCCUCAUCUUCAUAAAUGUUAACACUCGCAAAGCUUUUGCGUAUAUAAUGAGAAAUAAAGGAACUCGUGAAGUGUUAAGAGUUUUACAAAAGUUUGUAG